AAAUAAUUUUUUGGUUGGAACAGACAGAAAUCCAGGGGGAGAGCAGUAAAUUUCAAUAGAAAUAGGCAAAAUUCAAAAUUACCGAAGGAUGACGCACAGGGAACGAGGAGGAGAUGUUGCCAAAAAGGAUCAACCGAAUGGCUGUGACGUUGUAAGAAGGAACAGAUUUUUUGGGGAUUUGCAGGAAAAUGAGGUGCGAACGAUGCACUAUUUGGGUCUGCCCUACAAGGUCCUCUCCCGUCGUCCAAGAUUACAAUUGAAAGUACCGCUGUCCACUGAGAACUACGAAGAUGGAGCAAAUGUGGGAGCUGGGGAAAGAGGGGGCUUUGCUCUCCAGCUGGUGUUCACCUGUCCUGCUAAAUAUCCGCUUCAGUUUCCGCAGGUGGAUAUCGUGGAGAAGCGCAAUAUUAGCGAGUCCUUGGAGAGGGCUCUCUACCAAGAGAUUAUGCUGACCUUGGAGCAGCAUUUGGGUGUCCAGAUGAUUACGCCUGUGGUAACCAGGCUGCAAAUGAUGAUGAACACCGAGGCCAAGAAGCAGUCUAGGCGGUAAUCAAAUGGAUUUUCCAAAAGCUUUUCAAGCGGAUGUUAGGUUCUCUUAUUUAUUGGUCUCUCACUUUGGUUUACCAACUUUGUUUUGUGAUUUAAAGAGUAACGUUCGGUACACCUUCCUGAUAGGGAAAAUAAAUCAAAUCCUUCGUCAAA